AUGUUGAAAAUUACAGCUGUACUCUUGGCAACUUUACUAAUCGUUGCGGCUCAAAGUUCGAUUAUUGGAGGCGUUGGUGGUUAUAUCGAUCGACCUGAAUUGCUAGAAAGUUCAGAGGCGAACGCUCUUGUCCGUUAUGCUGCUGAACAAAUAGCAAUGAAAGACAAUCGUAUUCUCGACCAAAUUAAACUAACGCGAAUUCAAACACAAGUUGUUGCUGGUAUUAACUACAAAUUAGAUUUCACUGCUCGGCCUAUCAAUGGUAUCAGCGCGAAAUUGACAACAUGUCAAGCAGUUAUUUACGUACGAUUUGACUCCACGAGAAAACUCCUCAGUGCUCAAUGUGAAUAA